GGAAUUGUUCCUCCUGGUCUCACAGAAAAUGAGUUAUGGAGAGCAAAAUACAUCUAUGAUUCAGCUUUUCAUCCCGACACUGGUGAAAAGAUGAUUUUGAUAGGCAGAAUGUCAGCUCAGGUUCCAAUGAACAUGACCAUCACAGGUUGUAUGAUGACGUUUUAUAGGACCACGCCGGCGGUGCUGUUCUGGCAGUGGAUUAACCAGUCCUUCAAUGCCGUGGUCAAUUACACCAACAGAAGUGGAGACGCUCCCCUCACUGUAAAUGAAUUGGGAACAGCUUAUGUUUCCGCCACAACUGGAGCCGUAGCAACAGCUCUGGGACUCAAUGCAUUGACCAAGCACGUCUCACCACUCAUAGGACGUUUUGUUCCCUUUGCUGCGGUAGCUGCUGCUAAUUGCAUUAAUAUCCCGUUAAUGAGGCAAAGGGAACUCAAAGUCGGCAUUCCCGUCACAGAUGAGAGUGGGAACCGCUUGGGCGAGUCGGCCAAUGCUGCAAAACAAGCCAUCACACAAGUGGUCGUCUCCAGGAUUCUCAUGGCAGCCCCGGGCAUGGCCAUCCCUCCAUUUAUCAUGAACACUUUGGAGAAGAAAGCCUUCCUAAAGAGGUUCCCGUGGAUGAGUGCACCUAUUCAAGUUGGAUUAGUUGGCUUUUGUUUGGUGUUUGCUACGCCGCUGUGUUGUGCUCUGUUUCCUCAGAAAAGUUCCAUGUCUGUGACGAGCUUGGAGGCUGAGCUGCAAGCCAAGAUCCGAGAGACCUAUCCUGAAUUACGGCGCGUGUACUUUAACAAGGGAUUAUAAAAUAGGGGAAGAAACUCUACAGCUUGUCCCGCCUGCUGCAGACCUGGUGAGGAGAAGCCUGUUCAACCCGGGUUCGCCCAGUGACAGAAACCUUUUCAAGAUCCACAUUAGCCUUUUAGAGUCAAGCUGCCACCUACAGCACGGCACCGGUGUGGGCCUGGCGCCCGACACCCGUGGCUCCCUUACAUUUGAAUCACGGUGUAAUUUACAAAAAUACCCUUCCUGUAGCUUUUAUAGUAAUUGUUUUUCAAAGACAAUAUACCAGCCCUCCCCCAGAGUUUUAAAAAGCACUGUUAGGCAUAGAGUAGAUGUUCAGUAUAUACUCAAUAAAUACUUACUGAUUAUCAGUGAGCGAAAAGGAAAUCUGUUUGAAAUACUGAAUGUUUAUCCUGUUCUUGUUUCAAAUCACUCAGCAGUGAUUUGGGAAAACACAAAGCUCUGAGGCUAAGCUGUAAAAAACUGGACUCAUAACAUUAAGGGAACUUUACUUCCAGUCUGGGCAGUGGGCAACCCCAACUAAGUGACAUGUCUUUUGGAUUUGUAGGAUUGAAAGCUCCCCCAUGUACUUCCCGAAAGGCACGGUAAUAGACAAGUGUAAUGAGCUGUUCCUGCCGGCCACGAUUAUGUGCAUUCACAUUGCUGGGGGAUUUCUUGAUUGACUUCUAAAUUUUUUCUGUUUUACAUUCUUACGAAGUUCAUCUUACCUUGCACUUGCUGACCUUAGAUUCGGUUAUUUACACCAAAUAAUCAAAUCACAGAAAUGUUACACGUGGAAGUAUAUUCAAUACCAGUGCUGUGUGACUGGGUUGGAUCUGGUUUGUUUGAUUCUUUAGAAGUGAGAGCCCAGCUCCAGCUAGCUACAUGUGUUGGUCAUUCUUCUAGAUCUCCUUGGCUUUCAGAAAGAUGCAGAAAUGUUGUGUAUGUGAAUCAGUGACUAAAUGAAUUUUCCUUGACUAUUGUCUAUUGCAUUCUACCCUGUUUGAAAAUAACGAAUCCGUGGGCCACUGUUUACAUCAUCUGUAGUAGCUUCACCUAUUUUUAACGUAACAGGUUAUGUUUCACGUCUGUCGAUGUUCCAGGCAUAUGCUAGGUGGUUUGUUCUGUUGAGUGAAGACCACUCAGUUUCACUUGUAAUUCAGAGACUUGUAAGUGGGGGGGGAAAUGUAGAAGCUAUGUUUCGACAGAUUUUUCCUGACGAUGUGACCAGUCUGUAUUUCCUCAUAAAGAAAAAGGGUGUGCCUUGGGUCCGUGUUUCUCUUUUUCCUCUGAAAGGAUUAUGGAUCUGAAGCUUGGGGGCACCUCGAGCCUUCCUUUGUGCCACCAGAAUUUUCUCUUUGAGAUUUUCUGUCUUAAACCAUUUGAGGCAAAUUGGUUCCCCAUGACAUUCUGAUGUAUUUUGUUGCCGUAGAGGCUUCUCUUUAAAUAGCGGUAAGAGCCUGAAAUUGAAGGCAGAUCUCCAUGAGGUGCUGAAAGGGUGGUUUUUAACCUAACUAAGCGCUGACGCCAACCCCACCUGCCCCAGCUAAUCUCAGAAUUCUCACCGCCCCCUCCCCCAUGAACUGUUAGGUCCCUUUCAGAAUCCUAACCUUCAUUGAGAAUCAGCUAGCAACUGGCUUGACGCUUGAUGAACUAACCAAAAUUUUGUACACGCCAGGAAGGUAGGACCAAAGCACUGUUGUAGAAGGGAUAAUGAACAUGGAGAUGUGUCUUUUUAAACACUUACUGAGGCUUCCAACCCCUGAUGCUUUUAUAUAGAAAUAUUAACUGUAUCAUUUAAUCGUGGUUUAUAAAAAGGAACAAAUGAACCAAGAUUGGCAAUUUCGCUGAUCUCUUAGAAAUAUCUUUUCUGGAGAAAAGUCCACAUGAAGUGCAAUGAGCUUAUAAAGGUAAAUAGUUGUUCAUAUUUCUGGUCACGUGAUAAUUACGAUUGUACGUAUUACUGACUGGCAGAUCUUAUUACUUCAGUAUUAGCACGGUGUCUUGCCAGUGUUGGAGUCAAUGUAUUAUUUCCGUUCAACUGGAUGAAAUGUUAAAUAAACUCAGAAUGAAAAUAAAUUCUCUCUCAUUUGUAUGUAAAGGGCGAUGCGGUUUUUGUGUUACAGUCGAUGGUACUUUCGUUCAGACUUAACAUCUGGGUACCAUCAGGAACUCCUAAUGAGGAAACAGUUUUCUGUGGUGCCUUUGGCAGGAAAUGUUUUCCUGUGUGGGGCUACCAGUCUUCCACCUUCUCGAACACCAUAUGCGCCGGGCACCCACCCUCUGCCCCCCGCCCCGUGGUGUCAUUCCCGGAACGUUUGUUAUGAGCACGGGGGGGUUGGGGGGCGGGGGGAUGUCCCACUGCACAUGGUUGGUGAGGUGCAUUUGCUUUCAUACUGUUUGUCAGCUGCUAAUGUGGAACUAGCAUUUUCUGUUGUUCAGAGAGAAAAUCUAAGUUAACCCAAGAUUGGGGAGCGCCUUAUUAACAGACUCAUAAAAGAUUGCGCAUUGUAA